GUUUUCAAGCAAACUUGCAAAUCCGACACAAUGGUGCAUCUGAGCGCUGAGGAGAAGUCUGCCAUCACCACCCUUUGGGGCAAGGUGAACCCAGAGGAGCACGGAGGCGAAGCCCUGGCCAGGCUGUUGGUUGUCUACCCCUGGACCCAGAGGUUCUUUGACUCCUUCGGCAACCUGUCCUCCGCCUCCGCUGUGCUGGGAAACCCCAAGGUCAAGGCCCAUGGGAAGAAGGUGCUGACUUCCUUUGGCGAUGCCGUCAAGAACCUCGACAACCUCAAGGGCACCUUCUCCAAGCUGAGUGAAUUGCACUGCGACAAGCUCCACGUGGACCCUGAGAACUUCAGGCUCCUGGGGAACGUGCUGGUCGUGGUCCUGGCCCGUCACUUCGGCAAGGACUUCACCCCCGAGGUGCAGGCUGCCUGGCAGAAGUUGGUGGCCGGUGUGGCCAGUGCCCUGGCCCACAAGUACCACUGAGUCCCGCAAUGCCAAAAUGGCCUCCCCCACCUUCCGGUCUCUUGUCCUGCCAACCGCAGAACAGUCCUGCUGGCCUCUGGGGGUUGCCCUGGCCCAAUAAAGAGCUUUCCGUCUAGUCUUAAACA